AUGAGUGAUGAGGCCCAUUUCCAUCUUAGCGGGUACGUAAAUAAGCAAAAUUUACGCUUCUGGGGCACUGAAAAUCCGCGUGUAACCCACGAAGAGCCAUUACACCCGCUCAAAGUCACUGUAUGGUGUGCUGUUUUCGCUGGAGGAGUCAUCGGACCUUUUUUCUUCGAAGACGUCGCGGGCCAAACGGUUACUGUGAAUGGUGAGCGCUACAGAGCAAUGAUCAAAGAGUUCUUUUUGCCGCAACUUGAUGAAUUGGGAUUGGAAAACAUGUGGUUCCAACAGGACGGUGCAACGGCACACACUGCACGUGCCACAACCGAUAUGCUGAAGGAUGCAUUUCCCGGGCGCCUAAUCUCCCGUUUUGGCGAUUUGCACUGGCCAGCAAGAUCGCCUGAUUUGACCGCUCCAGACUUCUUUUUGUAG